CCUGGGAUCACACCAUACUUCAUGUCCCCAAACCUUUGCUGUGUUACCCAAAAUAUAUAUAUGAAUGUCUAUAGGCAAAUAUGUGUGAUUUCCUCUGUUCUUAUUUCCGUGUUCUCUCUCUCUUCCCCAGUUACUGCAAGUCAGUAGAAACCAAGGUCUAAUUCUAGUGCAAGUCCUUAUGUGGAGUUUCUAGCACGCUUUUGCCUUCAGCUUGGCCUUCCUUCCCAGCGCUUCCUUUAGCUGGCCAUAGCUUGGUUCACUACUUUCAACACUUUCAGUUCACAGGGGAGAAAGCUUAUCCUCUGGUUUUAUGGGGUUUAUAGGUUUUUAUGAGUGUUAUAUGAGCCCUAAGAGAGCUGCAGAAUUCUUCUGCAGCCUCCCGAAAAACGAGAUGCAUGCACCGGAUUGAAGCACGGAGGAAAGAGUGGAGCCCCACUGCCUGCUUGAAGAGUGUCAAGUAUUUUCUGGUCCUUCUGCAAGCCCAGCAUCAUUGCCUUAGGCAGACACAGACAGCUAAGCCUGACUGGAAAGUGCCUUGAGGGCAAGGACCGAAAGUUUCAAUUUGAGAGCAGCAUGGCUUAGCCUCUUGGGAGGGUUUAUUCUGCCGACUAAGGCCAAAACAGCAUUCAGUGAGUGGAAGGACUUGAUCUGCGGCUGAACUUUUUCAGGAGCGUGUGAAAUUCUCCCACCACCUUGUUCCUCCUUUUGUGUCAUUGUGCAGCUUGUGCAGUUGCAGAAAGCAAAAGACUUUAUGUGUUUGGAGGUGUAAAGCUGCCCCAAACAGCUUCUUGCAGGGAGGAAAAUACAAAAAAAAAAGCAGUGAAAUACACCAGUGAAAAACCCAGCCGUUUUCUGGGUGGGAUACAAAUAUUGCCAUCAUGGAUCUAAAUAACAAUCCCUCUUCUGGUCCAGCAGUAGAUAAAAGAAGAUUCCGAGACCAGAGCGAUGGGCACAAGAAACGUUUUUAUUGGUAAAAAUUUCCUGUCAGAAGUCUUGGCAGCUGGUAAUUGCCUGAUGUCGUGGUUCCAGGGAAUUUAACUUUCCAUCCAUAUUUAUGUAUUGGCGAAGGUAACUCUGGAAACUCUCAACAGCCAGCCUAUUGCCUAAUUCCUUCUUGAAUCCUGCUGAGCUCAUGGUCCUUAAGGUACCUUAUGACAGGCUAUAAUUAUGUGUUGUGUAAGAACACAUGUUUUGUUACACCACACAAAUGUGUUUCCCUUCUAUUUCUUGCAUGUCUGUUUUCUUUGAACAUCCCUUGCUUUACAGAUGCAAAGGUUAAAUAAAAACACCCAUUUACCUUCUCUGAAUCGUUCAGUACUUUGCAUCCCAACCAGUAAGUGCCCUGACCAGGUUAGAUGCUGUACAUGUGUGUAUAUAGACCAGCUGUGUGAUAUGUGUUGGUUGCAAGAUGAGAUCAGUCUCCAUUAAUUUCCUCAGGAGUCUCCUCACAUGUAGAAGAGAAAGUGCAAAUAUUUUACGAAACAAGGCAAGAUGGCAAUGCCACGCUCCCUUCCUGGUAUAAAAUCAUUGUGCAAAAGAUGGAAUGUUGGUCCUGUGUAUAAUAUGGUAGCACCUGAGAAAAAAAUACUCAUGAGCAGGAUAACCGGAGGUAGCAUCUAGUCAGUCCUACCCCAGGUAGGUGCUUCAUGUAGCCCUGGGUGCCUAUUCCCAUCUGCUGCGUGUCAUUUGUUCCCUCCUCCUCCUCCAGAGAGGACUGUGUGUACUGUGCACUGCUUUGUCUGAGUGGGGCUUUGAGUGCUGCAUGUGGUAAGAAGUAGGAGUUUUGCACUUGAAUCAAAACCUGAUGAGAUUUGUGGUGGCUCUUCUGUCCUGAGGGAUUUCAUUCCCUGGUCUUGCACUGUUCCUCAAGAAAUCCCGGUCUUUUGCAGAAACUAACUUCAUCCCAGUUAAAGGCAAAUGAUUUGUGCCUAAAGAACAAAGCUGUUGCCCUCAUGCUGAGAUACUGAGCCUGGCUGUGAAGCGCAUCAGAGAAUGAAGAGACGCAAGUGUCCCUACAAAUGUCCCUCACGAAGGAAGAUCCUGAUCCUGUGUGUUACGGGGUGGCUGAUUGCACUGCUGAAGCUCCUCCAUGUCGAAAGACACUUUUUUCCCUCUAAGGGUAUUUAUUUGGUUGAGCACUUCUUGAGCACUUCUUCUUACGUUAGAAACAGGUAUUCCUACCUUAGAAAUGAAUUCCAGUAUGAAAUUAAUUGUUCAUCUAUAUAUGAACAAGAUCCCCAUGAAAUUGGCAAGAGUUUAGAAAUAAGAAGAAAAGAGAUAAUUGAUUUAGCUGAUGAAGAUGUCAUAGCAAUGACGAGUGCUUGCCAUGCAUAUCGUUCACUUAGGAAAUAUCACCUAAAACCUGUUUCACCAGAGGAGGAGAGUUUUCCAGUCGCCUAUUCUUUGGUCGUUCACAAAGAUGCAGUAAUGGUAGAAAGGCUCAUACAUUCACUGUACAGUCAUCAAAAUAUUUACUGCAUCCAUUAUGACCAAAAAGCAGCAAAAAGUUUCAAAUCUGCUAUGAACAAUCUAGCUAAAUGUUUCCCCAAUAUUUUCAUUGCAUCAAAAUUGGAGACAGUGGACUAUGCACAUAUUUCGCGGCUGCAAGCAGAUUUCAAUUGUUUGUCUGAUUUGAUGGACUCUUCAGUUCCCUGGAAGUAUGUUAUUAAUUUGUGUGGCCAAGAUUUCCCUUUGAAGUCAAAUUUUGAGUUGGUUGCUGAACUGAAGAAACUCGAUGGAGGAAACAUGCUGGAAACUAUAAAGCCAAGCAGUAGCAAAAGAGAACGAUUUACUUAUCAUUAUGAACUUAUGAAAGUGCCUUAUGAAUACAUGCAGAUGCCUGUAAAAACCAACAUUUCCAAGGAUCCGCCACCUCAUAAUAUUGAGAUAUUUGUAGGCAGUGCCUAUUUUGUUUUAAGCCGAGCAUUUAUUCAAUAUACCCUUGAAAGCUCUCUUGCAAAAGAUUUUUUCGAGUGGUCAAGGGAUACAUACUCUCCGGAUGAACAUUUCUGGGCCACUCUGGUACGCGUUCCUGGGGUCCCUGGGGAGGUUCCAAGGUCAGCCCAGGACAUAACAGACCUACAAAGCAAAACUCGUCUGGUGAAAUGGAAUUAUCUUGAAGACCAUUUGUAUCCUCCCUGCACUGGUACCCACCUUCGCAGUGUCUGCAUCUAUGGGACUGCAGAAUUAAGAUGGCUUCUGAAUUAUGGACACUGGUUUGCCAACAAAUUUGACUCCAAAGUAGACCCUGUCUUGGUAAAAUGCUUGGCAGAAAAACUGGCAGAACAACAGAAAGAGUGGGUGUAUUUGUCCUCUGAUAAAUACUUUCUGCACAUAAAUUCUAUGAAUGCAUCUUUAUAGCAGCACUGUCUUCCCUGCUUUCGGUACUGUGUACUGUUAUAGCACAGCACCUGCAGUUCCUCUGCCUUGACCUGCUGCAGGAUGUUAGCAAGCGAAACAUCCGUUCUGCAUAAAGUUCAGGGCCCUUGAGAGCCCUUUUCAUUUAUUUAUGAAAAGUCAUGCCUCUCUGAUUAACUGUUUUGUAACUUGCCACAAUAAUCCUGUAAUUGUUCUUCAGCGUGAUUCUGAGAGGGUGAAGUUUGCUUUUGGAGGCUCUGGCACUGUCUGUCCCAAUGGAGUAUUUCAGAAAUGUGUUUUACAUCAAGGGUGUUUGCGUCUUUCCUAAGAAACUCCAGCUCAUCUGUCUGUCCGUCCCCUUUUCCUUCACUUUUGUUUUUCUUAAAGUUAUGAAACCAAGACCUCUGUAUCUGCUACCUCAGGAAAACUGGAAGUACCCAGCUCACGGACAAAACCAAGAGAUCAGCAUGACACCAAAUAAGCCAUGUGGCCUCACCUGAAUUCCCAAACUUCCCGUCUGUGGGAGCUGGCAAAGAUCUUUGCAAUGUGAAUAUGACUGGAUGAUAUAAGGGAAAGAAGAUCCUUAGAUACUGCAUUGUCUGUAGCAUUGCUCUCUUCUCCCAGCUCAUCUGUGCAUUGCUUUUCCUUCUGUGCAGCGUGUGCUCAGGUGCUGUGCCAUGCCUGUGAAAUCGGUGGUGGUUGAUUGAAACAGAAUUAUGCGCUGUUAUUCGUCAAAGGCAGUACAUGAGCGUGCCCUAAAGGUAGUCUCUGCAGCCCCUUAGAGCAGAUAUCCAUGCCCAAAGAGGUCGAUCUUCAUUUCUGUCUCUGCCCAUAGAAAUAGCCUCCUGUGAAAUGCCAGUCCUCUUGAGACAGUAUGUCUAACACACAGUGGAUAACAAGUGCUAUUUCUAAUUGGUGUUCAGUGAUGUGGUGCUAUGUUGAAAUGCAACACAUGCAAAGUCGAGUGGUAAUCGUAAGAAUAGACGUAUUGCAGAGAUGCAGACCCUGUGGAGAAGUGUGUUUCUGUGCAAGUCUCGUGGCCUUGUGCCACCACGAUCCCAGGCUGACGGGUGCCUGAGCGAGCCCUGGUUCAGCUGUAGAGCAACUGUUCUCCCACAGCCUUUGCUUCCCAUGGCCCUGCCAGGAGCCUCCUCGCAGCCGGGCUCCCCAUGCUGGGGGGUGAGGGAAGUGUUUGUUAGUGCAGGGGUCUCUGCAGAAACUGUUGCAACUCAGAAAUGCCCCUUGGCAUUUGCGGGGGUUCCUCUGGAACGUUGCUCUGCCACAAGUUCGGUUUCAGUGGUUCCAGUGGACCCUGGGCUCUAGCUUGCUCCGUGCUGCUGUCCUCUUUCUACCCAUCUGGCUUUUAUUAAGGGGCCUCUUCCCACAAGUGACUUUGGGAUAUCUGGUCUUAUCGAUCCAUAAAUUGCUGCAGUAACGACUGUGUCUUGUACCCAUGAGAAAUCUUUGUUUCUUAUUUGAGUUGAAAUAACCAAGUCAUUUUUUGGUCUCAGUUUUUGUUUAUAAAUUUAGUCAUGGUCAAAUCAUCUGUGGCUUAAGAUUGUGUUUGAGAGUCAGGAGUCCCGGUCUUGUUCCCCAUUUGUGACACUGAUUUCCUAUGAGACCUCAGACAAGGCAUCUGAGUUUUCUCUUUCAGCUGUUCCAGCUGUAAAAUGGGAACAAUGAUGUUCUAUUAUCUUGCUAAGCACUUCAAAACCUAUGGGUGUUGUGGGUUGGUUGCACAGCACUAAUUGCUUAUCAAAUUGUUUAUGGAGUCUGUGGACGCACAGGUCAAGUAUUUCUUUGAUGUAUUGUUUCUGAAAUAAAUGAGGAUUAUUUUUAAAGUGUGUGUUGCUUACUCCAGUGACUUGCCAUGCUGCCCACAGCUGUCCUGACUUGAUGUGAUUUAUAGACACUUUGUAGAAAAUGAAAUAUUGGCAGUAUUUACAGAUUCAUACAUCAGUACUUGUAUAUAAAGUAAAAAGUUCCCACAUGGAAAAAGGUUAAUAAAAGAGAAUGUUAGGAUCCCAGAGGGCCAAGCCACAGCCUUCUGUACAUAUAAAUUGAUGUUUAAUGGUAUAUUUAAAAUUUUUUAUUUACUU